AUGGCGUACCGCUUGGAAGUGACCUGCGACCAAACAGGCGUGGGGGAUCAGUUGGCCAUCACCGGCUCCACUUUGGAGCUGGGAAACUGGGACACCAGUCAAGCCAUAAGGCUGCAGACCUCUGAGGAGACUUUUCCGGUUUGGGCCCGGAGCCCUGCGGAGAUCUGGAGGGGUCAACUCAAGAGGGCCUUCCAAAAUCACCGAUGUGCGCGCGAAGCAUCCACAGGUCCAACGCCCAUGAGCUCCGCAGUGAAUGGCCCAUGGGUGGUGCCGGACGCAAAGAAGGUCACCUAUCUGACGGACGUCGAGGGGCACUGGCCCUACUUCUGUAACUUUGUGGAGCUCAGCGAGUGCCUUUCCUUCGCCGUGGAGGGGGAUCAGCGGACUGCGCGAAAGGCCCCGGAGCUCAUCCUAAAGGAUGACUGGCACUUUGUCUUUGGAGGCGAUACCUGUGAUAAAGGUCCAGGGUCGUUGAGGUGUUUGCAGGCCCUGGUAUCUUUGAAAAGGCGAUACCCUGACAGGGUUCACCUCUUGAUGGGAAAUCGGGACAUCAACAAGAUGCGCUUGACCUCCGAGUACACAGACCAGGAACUGGCCCUUCUGUCCCCGGAGAGUCCUGCGGCCUACUGGGUGCCCGAAGACAAGCGAACCAAACCCUGGGACUAUCUGUUCCACCUGGCCGAGUCCGCCGGAGCUCAUCCCACAGAGGAAGAGAUCCGGGGUUUCUGCACUGGAGCGAACCUGCUAAGAUAUCACCUCAAGUACGACAUGGGCUCGGACGGCGAGUUCGAGUUCCGGCGCCAAGAGCUGGCCCACAUGGCUGGCUGCGAGGAGGAGGACAUCGGGGAUGAGGAGGUGAUGCAGAGCUACAAGGAGAGUGUGGCGGAAGGCGGCUUGAUGCGCGAGUACCUGCGUUUGGCGGAACUCACGUGUUUGCUGGGCCAGACGCUCUUCGUACAUGGUCAGCUGAUUGGCAAUCACUUCCAUCAUUGCGGCACUGACGGGGUUGCCUGGUCCGUGAAAUGCGUGCCCAACGACAAAGUCGAUGGCGGCGUAGAGAUUGAGGAGGACUUGAGGAGAUGGGUCGAGAAGUUGAACACCUGGGCGCACAAUGACGUGGCUGCCUGGAUGGCUGAGCCCACCUGGCGAGCGUCGCCCCGCGACGCCACCUACGAGGCCUGGGCGCGGCGCGCCGGCGCGGAGCUCAUCGCGUAUGGCACGCCGGCCAGCCAUGUGCCAUCCGUGGUGUAUUGCAGGUGGUUGGAGGACAACUGCAUGCCCAAGCAGUAUCCGCCGGAUCUCUUGGGUUUUCUCGUCUCCCAGGGCGUUUCACGUGUCAUCGUGGGCCAUACGCCCCAUGGCAACUGCCCCACUGUGAUCCCGCACGAGGGGCUGACUGUCAUCAUGGGCGAUACCAGCUACAGUAACAUGAAGUCGGACCUCGCUUACCCCGGGGACAAUCGUGGCGACGCGGUCUGUGAAAUCGCUAUCUUUGACGACCAAUGUGUAGUGCGGGGACGCACCGGAGCGACUGCUGAAGGCCGACCACGUCAGGUGGUUCACUAUGUGGUGACGGAGUCCAGUAGUGCGGGUGAUCCCCAUAUCGGUGUCAUUCAGCCGCCCAGUGCCAGUGUACCAUUAGAUGCCUGUUUCUUCGUGAAGGCGUGUCUGCCUGCGAUGGAAGGUAAAGAUGCGAGAUAUUUGUUGUGCAAGGUGGACGGUUUCACCAACACCUACCAGGAAGAGUCACCUGCUGAAGUGCUGCGCGUUUUCGGCAGCCAGUCCGUUCUGAAGGCCAAUGCCACGACCCGCAAGCGUCUCACCUCGCACGGCGAGGAGUUUGGCGCCAGCUGCAGCGCCGAAGGCGACGUGCUGGAACACAUCUUCCGGCGGCUGGACCGUGAUCACGAUGGUGUCGUCACGGCCCAUGAGCUCCUGACGGCCUGCAGUGAUCCGGAAGUCCGCCGGGCCUUGCAGUGGACCUUUCCCGACACGUGUUUGGAGGAUGUGUUCAGGGAGUUGGACGCCAAUCAGGAUGGUAUUGUCACCUUGCACGAGUUUCAAAGCCGUGUGAAGCGCAGCUGA